AUGCUCCACCCGGAACUAGUCGUUGAGAUUGGUUUCUUAGUAGAGGAUGCUUCGGUUGUGCUGGUACUGGGUGGCUCUGUAGAACUAGCUGUUUCUUGGGACCACGUCGAUGGCGGUGUGCCUGAAGUUGUAGAUUCCGAACUGCUGCUGGUUUGGCUCGUUGUCAUCGAAUUCGUGGCAUCCGUCACUGAUAUCGUCGAUCCGGACGAAGCGGUUGUUUCCGUGGAGCUGGUUGUUGUGCGACCAUCCGUCGAGAUUGAGCUUGAAGCGGCACUGGUGCUGCUGGCAGUCCCGGUAUACCUUAGUGUUGAGGCUUCGGAAGUAGUGCUCAUCGUACUUGCCGAAGAUUCCGAAGCCGUACUUUCUGGGUUAGUAAUUUCCGUCGGCCUUGGACUUAACUCGGAAGUAGACCAUGUUUCGCUUGCAUCCGAGAGGUCAGCCACAAAUAACACAUUGCACUCUGGUGCUGGCAAAGUUGAAGCCGUUGUUUCGGCGCUGCUCGAAGGUUCUGAAGUUGAUGAAGUUGACAAGAGAGCCUGCGUAGGCUCUGAAGUCGGAGCAGACCAAGUUGAAGAGGCCGUGGGCUUCGAGCUCAUGCUCGACGGCGUCACCGAAGUCGAUGACGUCCCCGAGGUCGGCGUCGAGUUCUUGGGGGCCCCGGUCUUCUCGGUAGUUGACACGCUGCUGCCGCUCUCCUCCGACGUGGCGGUGGAUAUCGGAAUUGCAGUCGGAGUCGUGUGCUGGGAGGUCAUCGUAGAUUCUGUUGUCGUGAAGCUGCUAGUCGACUCCGAGGGGGACGUUGGCGUUGUGGUUUUGGUCGCCGUACCGGAUUCACUGGUUGAAAAGCUGGGAGUUGACUCUGAGUCUGACGACGUGGAUCUCGUGGCGAGGCUCGUGUUAUCGGUGGUGUCCGUCGAUUCUGUGGGUGGCGUGGUGCUGCCCGACACUGACAUGGAAAUUGUCUCGGCAGACGUAGUGGAUCCCGUGCUUCCAACACUACUGCUCAAAAUCGAGACUCUAGACGAAGAUGUGGCUGAAGUCAUGGUCGUGCUCAGGAGCGGCGAUGUAGAUUCUGUCGUCGAGAUAGAGUCACUUGACGUCAAAGUAGAAGAAGGCAUCGUAGGAGAGCUUGAGAUCGUGGUCCCUGGUUGGGUAGGACUGGAGCUAGCCGCCCCCGACGUGGACACACUUGGC